CUACAUAAGUAAGUAAUUUCAAUCAACAAAAUGUUAGCCGAAUUGGGAAAUCAACUCCAAGGCACCCGCGCAGAAGCGCAAAGCGCUGCAAAUCAAAUAAGAAGCAAAUUCAAUGAUGUCUGCCAGCGCGGGACAAAUAGCGUCGACUCAGCCACCAAUGCAUUAAAAUUCAAUUUGCAAGUGCAGCGACAAUUGUGCUUGGCGUUGCAAGCGAAUUGUUUUCAACAUGCUGACAUCUACUGCGAUAUUGUUGGUCAUAUGCUGCCAAAGAUGAGGCCGUGCGCUGAAAAGCCCGCCAUGUGGAACACGCAUCUGGAUUACCUGCGUUAUUUUCAUAACUCGCUAAAGCAAAACUUGAACGAAUGCCAAAGACUGUAUGCCAUGAUAAACUCGCAGCCCUGUCGCCUGCAAACUGAGACUGAUUACAAUAUGUACCUAAAGAUCCACAUGUGCCAUUUCAACGUGUUCCAAAUGCAAUGGCAGAAUACAAAUACCCAUAAAGAAGAAUACAAGAAAGAGCUGCACAAAUCUUUGGUGGCCCUUGGCUCGCUUUUCGAAGAAAUGUUGCAGCAAAAAAGGUCUCAACAAUUUAGAUAUUCUGGCUUGUUGGGCGAACUAAACCUACUUUUGUUACACAAACGGAGUCCAGCAUUCUUAAAAUUUCUCAGCACGCUGUCCCAAGAUCAUACAAACAAAAUGUUUUCACCACUCUUUCGGCUGCUUGGCUCCACCUCCAUUCCUGCGGCUGAGCUUAACGCGGAAUUUGUCGAACAUCUUUGCGCCUUUCUAAGUCUUUAUCAGAUUGAUGUGUUCUCGGUAGAGUUGCACCAACAAUUUGGUUUGCAGUUCCUGCGCAGUUGCCGCGAACUUUUCAAGGAAAACUCGACUCAACACUAUGCCAUGCAAUUGCUCUACUAUUAUGUGAAGCUGCUGUACGUACGUGAAGACACACCGGGCUUUAAAAGCACUUAUAUUGAUCUUUGCAAAAAAUUUGUAACUUUCUUCGGGCAUAAAUGCGCGUCCGUUGUUAAGGAACAGUGGUUUGUCGACCUUCUGCUAACCUUGCAGCGCCUCCUUAGACAGUUGCAUUCUAGUAACAGUAGAUCUGGGCCCUUUGAGUUUUUCUGGCAGCAAUUAGAUGGCAAAGACAGCACUCAAUCAUACAUAGCACACCUUGAAUUGCUGCACAUCUGCCACAAGAAUUCAGCGCACGUUACCACCAGCCAAUUAUCCACAAAAUGCAGCAGCAGCGCCUGCACAGAUGCCAACAACCAUUACAUACUGUCCUUUGGCUUCUGCGCCGUGACCGCUUACUGCAAUUACCAACAGCAGAAGGAUCAUGAAAUAAAUGCACAAAAUGUAGCUGUUUUUGAAAAGCAUGUACAGACCAUUGUUGGCAGCGUCGCAGAUGUCGCGCCCAAAACUAAAUGCUUGGGAAAAUCCAACGCUGAGCUCAUCGAGUUUGUGCGAUAUUUGGCUCUCGUUGCUAAAAACAUAUCAUCCCCAGCGGAAUUCCAGUUCGUGUUAGGUAUAAUAAAGCUUGUCCUGCCAAUUCGACGCCUAAUAGCAGCGCAGGAAACGGCUCAAAUUCUGCGCUAUGUUUACAAAUCGUGCGCACACUGCGAAGAUGCGGAAUUAUCUGCGCAACUACAAAGCGCCUAUAUUGCUAGUAUUACGUGUCCAUCUCGACUGCACAUGCAACUCCGAAUUUUUUAUUAUAAUUUAAACCGAUCACAGAAAUGCGUCUCGGAACUUAAUGAGGCCAGUCCUUUGCGGAACGAUCUAACGCCGGCAGCGAAACAUCAGCUUUUCGAAAUGGACAUGUCGGUGAUUUUGCAAUUUUACAAAACAAAUUUGCCACUGCUGCAGUCGUUGCAGCGGUGUCGUCGAAAUGAUUAUCAAUUCGUGCUUAUCGCUCGUCUCAUGCGCACUGAGAAAGACAUUGUUCAGGAGCUGAAAGAAUUGCGAGCCAAGCUGCGAAGCAUGAGCUUUAAAAAGCCGCUUACACGUCUACAGCACUUGGUUUACGCUCAUGCCAAUGCCAUCACAUUGGAUGAUGAGUUGAAAGCGAAAAAGGUAAACAUACCUGUAAAGGAAACGAUCGAAAACAACUUGGAAGAACUUAUUAUUAAAUACAAUCGAUUGGACAUUCAUGUUGAUAGCGAGCAGCGUCUUUUGAACUUGGCUACAGUGGCUAUGAACAGUUUUAAGGAAUUCUUCACUAAGGCUGACGCAGAGCCCAUAACCAGUGACGAGGCGAUUAUUGAUUGGGAGGCAAUGAUUGAGGACUUCACACUAACCGCGGUAGCUUUAACCACCCUGGGCUAUUUACAGGAGGCGGACGCCUCCUGGCAUUUGCUGCUACGUAUUACCCAUCUAUUGGGUGAUAGAUUCGGUUACUUGCGAGCGAUCUCGCAUUUAUUCUCUCGAGCUGCGGAUAAGGAGAUCAGGACUCGCUUCAAACUAGCGGAAGAGGCUGAGAAUGCGGAGCAAUUGCUUGACGAGCUGUGGCCCAAGUUGCAAAGUUUUCCAUAUAAGCGUCAGCAUACAAUAGUGCUGCUUUGUUUUUGCCACUUGGCGCACUAUUAUGCAAGCCUUGGGCAUCGAAGCCAUGCCCAGUUGCUGUUGUUGCAUGUGCAACGACUACGGAACGAGUUCGAGGAGCGUCGCGGCACAAAGGAUAUAGUACUAAUCACUAUGGAAGCGGUUCAAUUCCGAAUGCUCUAUCAGCAGGAGCAGCGUUCGCAGCUCAGCUUCACAAGUCCAACUGCUUUACGAGUGAUGGAUAAACUACUAGACGACAUACGGGAUUUCAGCUGGUUAUCCUCCGUAGACUCGUCAUAUUUAUCCAUCCUUACAUUCGAUUUGACGCGUGAGUGUGCCGAGUGUCUGGCUAAUCGGAUGGGCGAACGAGUUUUCUUGGUCAAUAGUGUUCUCAACGCAACCUUACAAGGUGGAUUCGCACUCCGCACUGUGGAGACGCUUAUUUCGUGGUUGUGGAUCAAUCUACAAAUGGAGAGCAUGGACAGAGCGCAAUCAAAGCUACGACUGUUGGAGCAUUUCUUGUGUAUUAAACCGCUCGAUAAGCUUGACCGUCCGAAGGGAGAGCGCAUCGGCAAGAAUCCCGCUGCGUCCAAGAGCAAUGAAGCGAGUCACAUGAACGAGCUCAUAAGUAAAAUGCUGCUCAUGCAACUGCAACUGGAACCAGUAAGAAAACAAAAUCCAGUGGAGGUGAAAUCGCUUUACGUGGAAACCAUGUCACCGAAUGCCGCCAAAUCACAACUUCAACGUUAUGUCGAUGAAUCUCAUGACACCUGUUCGGUGCUCCAUAAUAAUGUGCAGCUACGACGCAUCUUUUUUAUUAUGGGGUGUCUGCAAGCUCGCUUUUACUUUCUGAAUCGAAAUCACAUGGAGCAGCUUGCCGACUUCUAUGAACAGUCGAACACAUGUCUGGAAAAACAUGUCCAGACAGACGCAUCCUUUAGCCAUAUGCUGAUGGUGCAUCAACUUUAUCAUGCCAAUUUUCUGCGUGCGAAUCAAAAGCAUCAGAUGGCCAUUGGCAUGCUGAUGAACGCGUUAAAAGGACUCGAGACAUUGCACACAAGGAUGGACAUUAAUUAUCGUUACAAUUUGCAACUCCAGCUGCGUACUGUACAAAUGGAAGUGCAGCUAAAGCUGCAGCCGCCAAUGGAAGUCAAGAAACCGCCUCGUCGGGCCUUGCAGUUCAACAUAUCGCCGGAGGAGCGACCCAAGACGGCACUUUCUGCAAUGAAGCGACCAAAGCCAAGGACAGUCAAGACCAAAAUUGCUGUGGAAUUUAAAAUAUAUACAGAUGAAGAAGUCAGCAGCAUCAGCAGCAAUCCCACGACCACUUUGUCCGAAAACCACAGGGAUCCUGUGGACUUGAAUUCAUGUCUUCUAAUCGACUGCAUCGAUUUAAGCGAUGAGGAUGAUGGAAACUCUUUAGAGGCGCCUGAAGCUAUUCCGCUUCACCGCAUUAAAUCAGAGCCCCAGCGUGCUACGAGUAAGAGGACGGAAAUAAUUGAGCUAGAUGAUAGCAUUGUGGAAACGCCGAUUGUGAGACGUGUUGCCAAGCUGGAUCGUUGCAAAUCUUUAGAUAUAAGAGCCACUCGCCAGCCUAAAGCUACCCCAAGGGAGACGCCAAUGGCAGCCCUAGCGACGCCUGCAAGCACGACCCAAACCCGUACGCGACUCCGACGUACGCCCGCCUCGGCCGCAGUGACCGUGCCGGAAGCCACAAGCAGUAGAUCCCUGAGCAGUAGACGCCGUCAACGUAACUGAUGAACCAAAUGCUCAAUAGAAAAUUUUACAAUAUUACAAGGGUAUUUAAGAAUCGCCGAUUAGUUGCUUAACAGCUUAAAGUUAAAACUCUUUGUCUUUUUGUUUGUUAUUUUAGAUUCUCUGACAUUUUUAAUUCUUUUCUGUAGUUUUUGUUUUCCCGAUAUUGUAUCUGAUUAAAUUAUUAUUUAUUAUUGAAGCAGUUAAGCAUCUAAUUAGCCUUUCGUUGAGACCCUAACUGUUUCUUUUCUUGUUCAUUUUUUAUUUUCUAUAUUAAGAUUAAAGUGUUGUAAUUAUUAAAAGCACUGCUCGUGCUCUCACAAGCAGACUUCAUCGUGAUUUUGUGUGGCAUGUUCCUGAAAUAAAUUCCUCUCCUGCUUCACAGUAACGUCAAUAAAUGAAUUUGUGCAACAGUUGUGAGUCCAAAUCCCACGCUGGACACAUGUCUCCCGUCCCAGAUAAUGAUAGUAUGUGCCCUCGCCGGAUUUCUCGCCGUGCUCAAAGACGCCCUCA